AUUUUAGAAGAAAUACUAAUAUGAAUUCGAACAAUAAGAAAACUAUUAUUGAGGGAUGGCUUAAGAAGGUCAAAGAGAAAUCAAAGAGUAGUACUAAUAAAAGGUGGUUUGGGUUGGAUAUAGUCAACGCUAUUUUCACUUAUUCAAAUGGGAAAUAAUAAGAAAGCAAGCAAAACAAUUCCUUUAAGGGAUAUUAUAGAUUUCGUUGAGCCUGAAGAAACAGGUAAUAAAGACUGGUGAUACAAAUUCAGCGUGGUGACACGACAGAGGGAAUAUAUUCUUUAUUCCCAAACACGGACUGAGAAGGAAAUGUGGGCUCAUGCUUUUCGUACAAUUCUUAAAUAUAAAUAUAAGUCUAAAACUGAAGAUGAAUCUAAAAAGGACUCUGGAACUUCCCACCCAAAUCAAAGGCCAGACAGUGGUGGCAUCCCGGCUGCCGGACUUCCCAACCAAGCCAUUGAAGAUCUUGGGUUUGAUGAAGCAGAAGGGGAAGAUUACGAUGAAGAGGAAAAGGAAGGUCGCAGUCCUGAUGAACAUGAUGAAGGAGACUUUAUGCAUGCUAGUAUUGCUCCUCAAAGAAACCACCCCCCUCGUGAAGAAAGCCCUGAACAAGAUAGGAAUGAGGAUGAAGAAGACACUGAUUCUCCAAAGCCAAAUCCAAGAGAAGACAAAGCUAAAAUGGGAGAAAGAAUGCGUAAAGAAAUGCAAACCCAAGAGCAAGAAUUCCGUCAAAAACUCAAACCAAACUCUCGUAAAACUAGAGAGGCCGAAGUUGUCGAAGAUGAGGAAGACCAUCCUCAUUCUGAAGAAGAAAGGAGUCCUAUACCAGCUCAAAAUAAUAGAAAAGAAGAACUUUCUCGUCCAAACAGGUCUCGCUCAAGAGAUUCAGAAUCUCCUAGAAGAGCUAAUAACGAUGCUGACCUUAACAUCGACAAUAUAGUGAAGAGGACUAGGGGAACUAAGGAGACUAUCAAGUUAGAAAUGCCUUCUCCUAAGAAGGAAGAGGAAAAGGAAUCUCUUCCUUACUUCAAUGGUUUUCUCCCUAAGCCCAAGGAAAUCUCAAAGACUUUGGAGAAACCACAAAAACCAAAGAAAGUUGUUAAAGUAAGCAAGAUAGUCAAGAGGAAUGAUGAAGAGGACUUACUGACCAGAUGGGAAAAAUAAGUAUGGCAAAACCCAAAAGCCUGUCAUCAAAGAUGAAUGGGGUAGGAAAAUUGAACAAGAGGGCCAACCUGAACAAGCUAAAGUUCCAGAACCCGUUCAGAACAAGCCUCAAAAGAGAGAAUAUGUUGAGAACGUCCUUGCUAACCAACCUCAGCAUAAUGGAGAAGAUUUUGAGGAUAACUGGGAUGAAGAAGAGGGCUCCCCAGUCCGUGAAAAUAUUGACUCAACAAAAUAUCGUAAAAUAAACAAAGAGAAUAGUAAAUAUCGACACCCUGACAUCCCAAUGGACAAGAUAACCAAGAAGAAGGGAAAGAAAAAGAGAGCAAAGGUAAUCAACAAGAAGAAAGUGGCUAUGCCUCCAUCAGAAGCUUCUGGUGCACAAAAGGGUGACUUUGAUUUGAACUGGGAUGAGUAAUUCUUCUUUCUGGUAUUUGCUAUUCAAUA